AGACAGCAGGAAGUGCGUCCUAGUGCGGCUUCCGCUCCCGGCGAUCGGCGCCGCCAUGAUUACUAUUUCCACUUGAAUUACAAACAUAAACAAGCUAUUCCGAGGCCGUAGAGCAUAACAUUGCGCUCCGCGACGCAACACAAAAAUAACCGCAGGGCAUCUCGAAUCUCGGUCCUGCUCGUAACCAUGAGACAUGACCCGGCGGAACGUGCCGCCGCCGUGUCGAACGGAGACGUAACUGGAGAUUGGCAGGGGGCAGCAGGCCGCUGACGCUGGCUGAUUUUGAGGGGACUUUAGGCUUAGAGCGACAGCGACGCUUUGCAGUAGGCACCACUACGUCGGUUUCCUCGAGAACCGAAUGGUCGCCCGCGUCGAGAACUUGACCGAAUGUCAGGUAAAGAGCUGGCGCUGCUACGUCGCGCGGCGCGACGCCCCCAGUUGGAUCAUGCUCCCCUGAGAUGCCUUAUCUAGAGCACUGCGGCCCCAGUGUGAGCUGCUGUCGCAGCUAUACCAGCUCGCGGACCUCGUAGCCGCGCUGAGCGGUCUUUUUCCUCGCUUGUGCAGUGACAAGAGGCUUAUGUUUUAGCAACUUGGGGCAAGUCCCGGCGCCGUUCUAGACGGGAACGUCGCGCCUGCUUGAUUCGAGAUGAAGAAGCUCUUCUCGCGUUUCGAGAGGAUUGACCAGGGCGCAGCUAGGGAAGCCAACAACUUUGUCGGAAAAGUUUUCACCGUGGGAAGGCACACCGUCGCAGUUGAAGACGUGAUUGCUGAAGGAGGCUUUGCCAUCGUUUUUCUGGUGAAAGGAUCUAACAAUGUGCGGUAUGCAUUAAAGCGUAUGUUUGUCAAUGAAGAACAUGGCCUGAAUGUCUGCAAACGUGAAAUACAGAUUGCAAGUAAUCUGAGCGGCCACAAGAACAUAAUUGGCUUUGUGGAUUCUGUUAUCAACCAUGUUGGUGGUGGCGUCUAUGAGGUCCUCAUGCUUAUGCACUACUACAAAGGGCAUGUGCUGCAGCUGAUGAAUGAGAAGCUCCACACCGGAUUCUCAGAGCAGGAAGUUCUCAAGAUCUUCUGUGACAUUUGUGAGGCGGUGUCAAGGCUGCACCAUUGUCAGACACCCAUUGUGCACAGGGACCUCAAGGUGGAAAAUAUUCUAAUCAGCGACUCUGGCCACUAUGUACUCUGCGACUUUGGGAGUGCCACUGCCAAGAGCCUCAAUCCUCAGGUGCAGGGAGUGGCAGCAGUGGAAGAGGAAAUCCUCAAGUACACAACGCUUGCCUACCGUGCACCUGAGAUGGUGGAGCUCUACAGUGGGAAACUCAUCACGACAAAAGCAGAUAUUUGGGCCUUGGGCUGUUUGCUAUACAAGUUGUGCUUCUUCAGCUUGCCCUUCGGUGAGAGUGCCCUUGCUAUUCAGAGUGGGAACUUCACCAUACCUGACAACUCUCGCUAUUCCAAGCAAAUGCAUUCCCUCAUCCGUUACAUGUUGGAAGUUCAGCCUGAGAAGAGACCAGAUAUCUUCCAGGUGUCCUAUGUGGCAUUUUCACUGGCAGGCAAAGAAUGCCCUGUUCAAAACCUUCAUAAUUCAUCAAUUCCAAAUAUUGAACAGCUUCCAGUACCUCAGUGCGACAGUGAGGGGAGAAUGUCAUCAUCAAAGCCUCCAAGAUCAUUGCAGGUACCAGUUGUGGAGGGUACAUCAGUAGCUCCUCGACAGCGGCCCAAGGGGUCGCAAGCCCCACCAGGUGUCGGUGGGCUGCCCCUCAUUCCCCAGAAUGCUUUGCCAUCCUCUCGCCGCCCCACACCUACCACUCCACAGCCACAGGUGCCCCCUGCUACACCAAACCCUGGAAGUGAUCCUAAAGAGGAAACAGUUACACCAGACAUUUCAAGUCAUCAAAGUGAAGAUUAUGAAAGCAUACGAAGCCCGUGUGCUGCAACAACACCAUUUGGUGUCAACACCAAGCCUGGUCUCCUGCCACCACCACCACAGGCUUCUGCAUCAGCACCAUCCUCCGCAAUCACUACCCCAAGUCAACCCAGCCAACCUGGCUCUAAGCUUGGAUCCAGCUCACUUGAGGCAUUCUUCACACCUUACUGCUCUGGUGAACAACAGAACAUUGCGAGCACUACGCCACAGGGUAGCAACGGUGCCACGGUAUUGUGUAUUACUGGCGACCAGGUACCAUUUUCUGCAGCAGCUAAUGGGCCUGUGGUUGGUGGAAGCAGCGGAGGUUCAUUCGUGCCUUCUGGAUCGAAUCUGGCUACACCAGCUGCAGCCUUAGCAGGACAGCAGCAGCAAGGGAUUCAGGCUCAGGGUGUCAGUGUGGACUCCAUCAGCAGCACACAGCCUGCGUCGGGGGCCUCAUCAGAGCGCCUGGCACCUGUUUUGACACCACCGUCAUCGCCUACACCAAGUCAGAAAAGCCAUCAUCGGCGUAAUGUCAGCGACACAUCGGCCUUUGUCAAGCCGUUUGUACAGGAAACAUCCCAGUUCCUGGCACCUUUUGAAGUCUCAUUGGGCCGUACUUCAUCCCCACAUGAGGGCAAUCCCCACUGGAAUCCAUUUGCUGAGCCUGCGUCUACCUCUGCAGUGGAUCCUACAGAUCCUGAAGACCACUUCUUUGGCCAGGAGUUUGAUAAGAUACGCCGAGGCUCGCAGAGCAGCAUAUCCAACGUGAAGAGUCGUGAGAGUCUAGUCAUGAGCAGUGGCGACUUAGUGGAUCCAUUUGGGGCUGCACCUUUCAGCCGUUCAGGUAAACCAGGGCGGGCAAGGAACUCCUCUGGAAAGACAGCAUUGAAUCUUUUGUCUACUACUCCAUCCCAGGCUGGAGGGCCUUUAGAUGAAGAGGCAGCUGGCUAUGUGCCACUAUAUGAAGACCACGGUGAUGGAAUUGUCAUUCGGGCUCGACAUUGCAGCGAGAACUCCAGCGCUUCCCAGGAGGGCAGCCAGGGUGGGCGGUCUACCAAGGAAGCACUGGCAUCUUUUGGAGCCUUUGCUAGAAUACCCGUUGAAGAUCGUUCCAAGUAUGAAAAGCUUUUAGAUGAUGUUGAUGAAGACUGUGCUCGAGGUGAAUCCAGUCGCAAACACAAGCUAACUGGAGAUGAGGACAAGGAUUCCAUUGGCUCUGCAAGUGACCUCCAGGCAAGGGUUGAGCUGAGUGAGGAAGAGGAUACCGAGGAAGUUGGUCGGCAGAGAGCAAGCAAGAGGAUUGAUCCUAAGAAGGAACUUUUUGUAGCGAGCAAGCAGCCCUUAGUAUCGGCAGACAGUGGUGCAAGAGCAGUAGUUACAGAGACGGGCACCUUGCAGGCACGUGGCUUUCAAGAUAUGUUUGUUGGGCAUAUGGAGGGUGAUAAGCCGCUGCUAGAGGAUGAAGAUCAACUUUCAGAGACUGAGAUAAGGCCCGCUGCAGAAGAGGAGCAGCCUAGUGUCUGCAAGGUUCAGAAAAGUCUGCUUCCUCCGCCGAAGCGCGAGUCAUUUCCGACGGAAGGAGCAGUGGCUAACAGGGAUAGUGCUGAUGUUUUCACGCAAGCUCCUUUCCGCAAGCCGAGGCCACCAAGAAAGCUGUCCGAGCCUGCCAGGCCAUCAGGGCAUGCCACAAGCAGCUCCUCUGUAGUUCAACCAUUAGUGUCUUCAGUGCCACCACUUGCAGUGCCAACUGCUACAGCUGUUGCAACACCAUCAGCAAUCAAGCAACACAGUUACACACGCUCAGCCUUUUCAGAUUACAAGGUGGCUGCACAGGAUUACCGUGUGGACUAUCAGCGUCUCUCUGUGCAUGCAAACUCGGAGAGCGAGCUGACCAGAGGACACUCUGAGGCAGAUCUUUUUGGUUCAGCUCCCUUCACACACCUCAAGGCAACCCCUAAUAGCAAGGGCCUGUUCAAGGAAAGCAUGUCAGCAGUGCCCCAACCAUCAAGCCGCCAUAACUCUGUGGUGUCAAUGUCUGUGGCACCACAGCCCCAUGCACCUACCAUUCCAACACGUACACAGAGCCAUCAAGACCUCUUUGGAUCCACCCCGUUUGCUGUUGAAAGUACUAGCGGUUUGCGAGAAACAAUGGAAACAACUUUGGCAAUAGCAACUCACACUGGCAAUGUUGCCAAAACUCGCCCCGAUUCUCCUGAGAGCCCAACAAGCUCAGAUGAGGAAGGUAGUUUGAGGAAGUUUCGUAAGGACAAAAAACGUUAUCAGCAACUCAGGACGGAAGAUGCAAUUAUGACUGAGGAUCUGGUUGAAGGAAGCCGUCGAGUUGCAGUGCACCUCCGCACAUCAGCAAGUCGCAAGGACAAGCGGAAAACGGAGAAAGCCAGCAAUGCAUUCUCAAACCUCAGCUUUGAGGACAUUGGCAGCGAGGAGGACACAUCAGCAAGCAGCUUUGUUACUGAGGUCCACUUCAGGACUUCUGCAGUGAGCAAAUGAAUGCUCCUUCACUUCCCUUUAAGCAGAAAGUGCAAGCUUAUGAAGCAAGAUGUGAUAGUACUAUUUGUACAUUGCGAUAAUUAUGUAUUAUUAUUGUUACUAUUAUUGUGUUGGCAACACAUUUAUAUAUUAUAUACAUAUAUAUAUAUAUAAAUAAAUAAAUACAUACACACACACACAAACACACACAAGCCCCACAUAAUUAUUUAGAAAGAAUGUUCUAAUUUGUUUUCACUGUAAUUGACAGAUGAAUGUGAGGGGACAGCUUGGAAAUGCUGGCCAAAGGGCGUCAGCUUUUGUUUCUCAUCUAUGGUUUUAGCUUUCCUCCCCUUUUCACUCAAAAUAAGGGUAGCAUGCACGUCAAUCAAAAAAAAUCUAUCUUAUAGCAGGAACAAGUGUUCUUGUGGACACUGGUGCUUUUGUUUUAAUCACACUGGCUCAGAGAACCUGUUAAGGUGUAUGCUGUUAGCCUAGUUUUCUUGUAGAUUGUGAUUUCCUGUCAUUGGUGCUUGCUUUGUUGCGUGCCAACAUGUGUGACUUGGGGAGCUGCACAUAACUGAAUGGUAGGGUAGUGUCUUUCUAGAGCAUUGGCCUGUUCAUACUGGCUGCUCUUUUUCAGAGCUACUUCAUCCUGUUUGUCUGCUGCAGAGGAGCGAUGUUGAGUGAUGUUAUUUAUUUCUGCCGAGGGUGGACACGCAUGUACCACUAAUUUAACAGUUGAAAUCCUUAGCAAGGUAGCAAAAAAAUAGUGUUGGUUGUUGUGCUGCAAAUUUAAUUCCCAGAGAAGCAUGAUAAUAUACCAUUGUCAUGUGCACUCAAGUCAGUGAUGGUGUCACUUGUUUAUGCUCUUUAUGUUCUGUGUUGAAAGCAACCAAAUGCUGCUUUCAACACCUACUGUCAGAAGAUUUGCCUGUUCAGACCAUGUAGCCUUUUUAAAGAGUGGAAGUUGUGUUUGUCUGUGCUUUAAUUUCAAAGGUGCAAUUUGCUGCACAUCUGAUUGACUUUUUUUAUUAUUCUUGAUUUUUCACUUUCUUCAAAUAUUAGUAAUGAAUUGCUUGCUUCUUACAGCUAUAACUGUACUGCAGCCUAGAUAUUUUCUCCUUGAAAUGAAAGGCAGAGACAUAGGAUGUUGAAGAUUAUACCUACUAAAAAAAGGUCAAUCUAAGAGUCUACAUAUAUUAGGAAAACACUUCCUCUAUGUUUUAUAGAUUAGCUGUAGGUAUUUAAUAAAAAAGUGCUAACCAACA